AUGACAACCUAUUACCCGUCACAAGCUGGGUAUGCUCAGACCCAGCCGGUCAUGUAUGCCAACUCUGGCUACGCUCCAACUGCGGGCUAUCCACAACCAGUCUAUGGCCAACCCGCCGGCGUCAUGUAUGUGCCCUCUUCCUCUUACUCUUAUCCUUCCUACGGCGGACACCACCAUCGCCGUCGUCGUUCUCGUCGCUCCUGGCGCUGGCCUUGGCAAUAUGGACAAACUCCUUACGUCUCCUCGUCUUACUACAGUGGUGUCCCUCAAGUGAUGUCUACUGCCAUGCCCGUCCAAGCGGCCCCGGUUAUGCAAAUGCGGAUACGACUCUUCUUCGGCCUCGCCCCUACCCCUUCGUUCAAGUACAGGUCUGACAAGAAUAGCUGGGGCUUUAUGGGCUACUCGAGACGCCAAAGGUUCAUCGAUCCCCGAACCGGAGGAGAGGUCGAUCGCCAUGGCAGACCCGUAAUACGAGUUUGA